GACAACCCCAAAAAAUCACAUUGUCAUUGCAUGUUUUGUAAGAAAGUGUUUUGCUCAAAAAGUGUGUCUUCCUAACGAGUCAUUCAACCCCAGGCAGUUCCUUAAAGGUCCUCAAGAUGUCUGAAAUUCGCCUUCACGCGUCAAUUUCGAAUGCUACCGUGAGACAGUGGGCAGAAAGUGGGACGGAAAUCAGUCCGGCAAAUCUCAUGUACCCGGUUUUUGUGGUGGAGAACGAUGAUGCUGUGGAGGAAAUUCCCAGCAUGCCGGGCGUCAAGAGAUACGGAGCUUCUGUCCUGAUGGAGGUUUUGGCGCCACUCGUUGCGAAGGGUCUGAAAUCCAUUCUCAUCUUUGGCGUUGUUGAGCAAUUGCCCAAAGAUUCGACUGGAUCCUCGGCGGAUUGUGGUGAGAAUCCCGUCAUUCGUGUCUUGCCCAAAAUCCGAUCCACCUUCCCGAAUCUCCUGGUGGCUUGCGACGUGUGCCUGUGUCCUUACACUGACCACGGACACUGCGGAAUACUGCGCGCCGACGGCUCGGUGGACAACGAUCCCAGCGUCCGGCGCCUGGCGGAGAUCGCCUUGGCGUACGCGAAGGCGGGAGCGCAAGUUGUGGCGCCGUCAGACAUGAUGGACAAUCGCAUUAAGGCCAUCAAGGACGCGCUGAAGAGCCACGGACUGCAGGAGACGGUGUCUGUGCUCUCGUACGCCGUGAAAUUCGCAUCCGGAUUCUACGGGCCUUUCCGCGAUGCCGCCAAAUCGGCGCCGGCUUUUGGCGAUCGCAGCUGCUAUCAGCUGCCGCCGGGAUCCAGGCGAUUAGCCGCCAGGGCGGCGGCUCGGGAUGUCGCCGAGGGGGCGGAUAUGCUGAUGGUGAAGCCGGGACUGGCCUACUUGGAUCUCCUGCGCGACACCAAGAACCAAUUCCCCAAUCAUCCCCUAUUCGUCUACCAAGUGAGCGGCGAGUAUGCAAUGCUGCACUGGGCGGCGGAGCAUGGAGCCCUGGAUCUGCGCAGGGCGCUGUUCGAGGUGCUCAAGUCAUUCCGGCGGUCCGGAGCUGAUGUUAUCAUCACAUAUUUCACGCCACUCAUUCUAAAUGAGCUGCAAGCUGGAGAAAAUUGAUAGUUUAAGAAGUUCUUACC